GGUGUUUGGAUUCGAAUGCGCGUCGCGACCCCGAGGGGCGGCGGCGCAAGCGCAGUGUGCGGCAGGGCGGCGCUGCCCCCUAGCGCCGGGGUGCGGCAUGCCGGGCGAGGAGGAGGACGACGCCGAGUCGGGGGCCGGGGGGGGCGCCGCCGCCCCCUCCCCGCCGGCCGAGGAGGGGGAGACCCGGCAGCGCUACGAGGAGCUGUGCAGCAGCCUCAACAUGGACGAGCGCGCCCGCUCCGAGGCCUGGCUCAGCUACCAGAGCAUGAAGCGCAACUACACCCUGGAGAUGCCCGAUGUUUUAAUUCACAGGGAAAUGAUCUGCAUUGGCUAGCGUGUGCCUUGUAUGUGGCUUGCAGAAAAGCAAUUCCAACUGUGAGCAGAGGGACAGCUGAGGGAAAUUACGUAUCUUUAACUAGAAUUUUGCGCUGUUCAGAACAAAGCUUGAUCGAGUUUUUUAACAAGAUGAAGAAGUGGGAAGACAUGGCAAAUCUACCCUCCCAGUUCAGAGAACGAACUGAGAGAUUAGAGAGAAACUUUACAGUUUCUGCAGUAAUUUUUAAGAAAUAUGAGCCCAUUUUUCAGGACAUUUUCAGAUAUCCUCAAGAAGAUCAACCUCGUCAACAGAGAGGAAGAAAACAGAGACGACAACCAUGCACUGUGACUGAAGUUUUCCAGUUUUGUUGGGUGCUGUUUGUUCAUGCAAAAGGUAAUUUUCCUAUGAUCAGUGAUGACUUGGUCAAUUCCUACCAUCUCUUGUUAUGUGCUUUGGAUCUAGUAUAUGGAAAUGCUCUCCAGUGCCCUAACCGUAAAGAACUUCUGAAUCCUAAUUUUAAAGGUCUACCUGAAGACUUUCAUAGUAAGGAUUAUAAAGUAUCAUCUGAUCCUCCCUGCAUCAUUGAAAAACUGUGUUCAUUACAUUAUGGGUUAGUUUUAGAAGCAAAAGGCAUAAAGGAACAUUUUUGGAAGCCGUAUAUUCGGAAACUUUUUGACAAAAAGCUUUUAAAAGGAAAAGAUGAAAAUCUGACUGGAUUUCUAGAUCCUGGAAACUUUGGAGAUAGCUUCAAAGCGAUCAACAAGGCCUACGAGGAGUAUGUUUUGUCAGUAGGAAAUCUCGAUGAGAGAAUAUUUCUUGGGGAGGAUGCAGAUGAAGAAAUUGGAACUCUCACAAGGUGCUUAAAUACAACUUCAGGAAUGGAAACAGCUGAACGAGUCCAAGUGAAGCAUAAUUUGCAGCAGCACUUUGACAGGUCCAAAUCACUUAGGAUUACAACUCCGCUUACUGGCCGCAAGUACAUUAAAGAGAGCAACCCAUAUGUGACCCCUGUUUCCAUAGCAACAUACAGUUUGAGCCGCCUUCAUACGAUGCUGGCAGGCCUGAAAAAUGCCCCCAGUGAAAAUCUGGAGCAAAUACUCAGGGCCUGUUCCAGAGAUCCUUCUCAAUCUAUUGCAAACAGAGUAAAAGAAAUGUAUGAAGUAUACUGCCAGAGCAUGCAGUCCGAAGGAGAAUUCAGUAAUUUUUCCAAAGAUGUUGCUAGUAAGCAUUUUCGUCGUGCUGAGGUGCUAUACUACAAGGUCUUAGAGUCAGUCAUUGAGCAAGAGAGGAAGAGGCUGGGAGACACUGACCUAUCGGCAAUACUGGAGCAAGAUGUGUUCCAUAGAUCACUGCUAGCGUGUUGCCUUGAGAUAAUUACCUUCACAUAUAAGCCACCUGGAAACUUCCCAUUCAUCACUGAAAUAUUUGACAUUCCAGUUUAUCAUUUUUAUAAGGUAAUUGAGGUUUUCAUUAGAGCAGAGGAUGGCCUUUGUCGGGAAGUAGUGAAACACCUGAAUCAUAUUGAAGAACAGAUCUUGGAAAGUAUGGCAUGGAAACAGGAAUCUAUAUUGUGGGACAGAAUCAGAGACAAUGACAACAAAGUUCCUACUUGUGAAGAGGUAAUGCCACCUCAGUAUUUUGAGAGAUCUGCUGGGAACAGUGCUGUAGGUUCACCAUUGACCCCAAGACGAAUAAACGAGGUUCGUGCUGAAAGUGGAGGACUAGGAAAAGGCCUUUCAUCCUCUCCAACUACACUGUAUGACAGAUACAGUUCUCCUACAGCCAAUCCUACAAGGCGAAGACUGUUUGUUGAUAACGAUAAUGCCUCUGACAGUGGAACUCCCGUAAGAGUUUCCCAACAGCCCGUGGUGAACACGGUGCCUGUGCAGAACGUGAAUCCCGAAGCCAUGUCAGUAACUCCGGUGCCUGGCCAGACCCUAGUUACAGUGGCAACUGCCACCGUAACGGCCAAUAACGGGCAAACUGUUACGAUACCAGUACAAGGUAUCGCCAAUGAAAACGGCGGAAUAACAUUCUUCCCUGUCCAGGUAAAUGUGGGUGCCCAGGCUCAAGCCGUGUCUGGUGCCAUCCAGCCUCUCAGUGCCCAGACCCUUGCUGGUACCCUGAACACUCCGAUGCCGGGGGCAGCACUGCAGUUACCAGGCCCGUUAACUGUCCAGCAGAUCUCUCCCGGAGAGCAGAGGCAAGCCCAGCCAUUCACCACUGCCAUGUCCGUCAGGCCUCGGAAGAUGGGCUCGCUUUCGCUCUUCUUCAGAAAGGUGUAUCAUUUGGCUAGCGUGCGUCUGCGAGACCUCUGUGUCAAACUUGACGUAUCUGAUGAGCUGCGGAAAAAGAUCUGGACGUGUUUUGAGUAUUCCUUGGUGCACUGCCCCGAAGUCAUGAUGGACAGGCAUCUGGAUCAGCUGCUGAUGUGUGCCAUCUAUGUAAUGGCUAAGGUUACUAAGGAAGACAGAUCAUUUCAGAACAUCAUGCGCUGCUACCGGACACAACCACAAGCCAAGAGUCACGUGUAUCGGAGCGUCCUGAUAAAGGGCAGGAGACGCCGCCGCUGCUCUGGCAGCAGUGAUGGCAGCAGCCAGCAGAACUCGCCUACAGACAGAAGCAAAGAGAGAAACAAAGAAAGAACUAGUAGAGACUCCAGCCCCGUGAUGCGAUCCAGCAGCACCCUGCCGGUACCACACCCCAACAGCGCUCCCCCUACUCCAACCCGGCUGACAGGUGCCAACAGUGACACAGAGGAGGAAGAGCGAGGGGACCUUAUACAAUUCUAUAACAACAUCUACAUCGAGCAGAUUAAAGAGUUUGCCCUGAAGUAUACUUCAAACGCACAGACCGACUCUCCUCCGCUCUCGCCCUACCCGUUUGUAAGGAUCGGCUCCCCUCGCCGAAUACAGCUGUCCCAGAAUCACUCAGUAUACAUCUCGCCACACAAAAAUGAGUCUGCGCUCUCUCCUCGAGAGAAAAUAUUCUAUUAUUUCAGCAGCAGCCCGUCUAAGAGGCUAAAGGAGAUUAACAGCAUGGUUAGAACCGGAGAAACCCCAACCAAGAAGAGAGGCAUUCUCUUAGAAGAUGGUACUGAAGCACCAGCCAAGCGAAUCUGCCAGGAGAAUCACACCGCUCUGUUAAGACGACUACAAGAUGUGGCAAACGACCGAGGGUCUCACUGAGCCCAGUGUUUCAGCACAGGUCUCCCCUCUGCUCAGCACGUCACACGGACUCACCAGGCCUUGGCAAGCGUCCUCUUCCCGCCUCACUGCCCUGGUCGUGACCCAUCCCCUGCCAGACAGCACCGAGCGUUCGUACCUGUCAGGAGGGGCCGGAGCAGAGUCUCCGCUGUGCCCCAGCCUCACGCCGCUCCUCACCACGCGAGCCAUCCCUCUCCAGGCUCCGGCUCUGGCCAGCAGCUGAAGAAAUUUUUGGUGCCUGGAGAGAGAACGCAUCCUUAAUACAGCUUUACCUUGCAACAGGUAUUGAAAUCUGUGUGCUCUAACUAGUCCACUCGCAUUGGUUUCAGCAGGGCUUUACCAGCUUCGUCCUUGGACCUGAAAGUUACAUGUGCAUCAGGCACGGGAGCACUGCACCGAGGUAUCCACAGUCACUGGUGUCUUGGGUUUACAAUAAACGGCCUCCUCAAAAAUAAUGACUUACAAGUAAUAUUCUAGCAAAGUCCAGUUCUGCUUGGAAAGGGAAGGUAGGAAUAAUCUUUUUAAGCCCUGAAAGCAGCUUAGCUGAAUGGAUCCUGUCCAUAGUCAGGAUGUUUUGUGUGCCCCUGACAACCAUCACGUUGUUUUGCUUUAAUGUUUGGGCACCUUGUUGUAUAAAGGUAGAUAGUUUUGUUUAUGCAUUGUUUUUAGCUGUGCAAUGUUAAAGUGAACUCAUGUUCAAAAGGUGGCACUUUUGAUAGGGCUGUGAAGCGUCGUUUUUAAGGCAGAUUAGUUUUGCUGUAUAUUUGCAAUGGCACUUUCUAAAUGUGAAUAUUUUUUCAAAGGCUAACUUCAGCUGUCUCUCUGUAUUGAAGCAAUUUGACUUUUGUAUUUAUUUUCAAAUUGGCAUCCCCUAGCUCCCCUCCUCAGCAAAUGGCAUUAAGAAUUCAUUUUAACUCGAUGUACACACAGUAACGAGCGCAGGGAGCUAGGGAUGUUUGCUUUUUUUAAGGAAAUGUAUAUGCUCCUCAUGUUUCUUCAGAUCGCUUUUCUUGAGUCAGGACCUGGCCACCUUGCCUCCCUCAGCAGCAGGACGGUGGUGUCUGUCCCUUCCAACGUUACUCAGCUUUUGUGUUUGGUUUGAAAGGAGGGGGGGUUUGGGGCGUGGGGGGUUUAAUGGACUAAAUCAGGCUGCCUGGGAGAAAUCUCUCCCCUACUAACAGGAUAGGGAAGUGGUGCAUAUAUUAGACUUACUAGUUGUUUUCAUUUAAAAUAGCUCCAAAAUACCAGACUUAUUAGGACAGCAUUAAGCAUACUAACAACUGGUACAGGAUACCAAUUUACUCCUUGUCAAUGGCGUAACGGGGGACAGCGGUGGUGGUAAAGCAAAGCGUUGCACGCUCGGAUCCUAGGAGUUUUUAUAAGGAAGCCAAAGGUAAAAGCUCCGUGUUUUCAGUCAUUCCUGCUCCUCUGAAUAAUGGGAAAAUUUAGGACUUAAUUCUUAGAGUAAAAUAAAAGCAUCUUUCAUUCUUAUCUGCAUAACAAAAAGGCUGAAGUUGAGAAAUUCUGUAGAAGUUUCUGUAAAAAAAAAAUAUUUAUGAAAUUGUCAGACAAUUCUUGUUACUCUGUACCAUUUACAUUACUUUGUAUGAAAAUAUUGCAAGUGUAUUUUUCAAUAAAGAAUUUAUAAACUCACAUUUUUAUGCUUUU